CCCAGCCCAACGUCGAGCCCAAGGGCAGCCCGUACGCCACAACUCGCUCAUCAUCUGGGCGCAAACGAGCCCACCGGUCGAGCUAAGGCAGCGAACGAAACGAUGGCAGGCAGCCCCAGCUGACAAUGCAGGCGGACACCGUCGAGGCCCUCUGGGCGCGGGCCCUCGAGCUGUCCGAGGACGGUAGUGUGCACGAGGCCGUGUUGACGUUUGAGCAGGCCGCCCAGUUGCUUGAAAAGCAAAAGGACCAAGCCAUGCGAACGAAAGGCGCCGAGCGCGUCCUCAAACUAUUGGAGGAGCUCAUAGCCAAACUCGGAAGAGAGAUUGAGUCGCACCUCAACUAUCUGAGGGGGAACCUCUGGGCGGCCCUCGAUUUGGCACCCGGGGCCGCGUCGGGCGACGUGACGCGCGCCUAUAAAAAACUCGCGCUGAAGUAUCAUCCCGACAAGUCGCGCGUGUCGCCGAAGAUCUUCACGAUCGUGGGCCGCGCGCGCGAGGUUUUGGGUGACGUUGACAGGCGGAAGUACUACACACCGGAGCGCGACGCGGCGGGCUGGCGCCAAUACCGGCGAGAGCACGCCGACGAGUUUCGGGUCGUGGCCACACCGGCGCCGCGGCGGCGCCGCGCCGGCGACAUGACCGGGAGCGCUCCUGCGGAUCACGACCGGCGGCGCGACGACGCGGACGCGGCGCGGCGAAGAAGACCGUCGGCCGACGACGCGAAGAAAAGUAGUGCGGCCGCUGCGAAAACGCGCUACGGUUCACAAAGAGACGGCCCCGGCGCGGCGGCCGCGCGCGCCUUCGCGACGGGUACCAAAGAAAGGGCGGAGCCGCUCUCGGAGGAUCGGGUAAGACGCAUGAACAUCGGCGAGCUCAAGGCGUCUUUACGAAGAAGCGGCCUGCCGGCGACGGGCGAGCGCCGGGACUUGGAGAGGGACGUGCUCCGCGCCGCGGGGCUCCGGCCGAAGACGCCCGUCCCGAAGCAUGUGGUGGCCGCGCAGCUGCGCGCGGCGUCGCCGGCGUCGCGCGCGCGGCGCGCGGCACAAAUACCGGAGGACGUGCUGCGCGAUUUGUUGAGAGAGGAAGGCGUAGCCGUGGACGGCGACCUGGUCCAGGCCGCCGUCGACGCGUUCGGCGACGACAAGGCGGACGAGGACUCUUUCUUCGACGACCGGUCGGACGGGCCCGGCCCUGAGCCCGGCGUCGCCUUCGCGCGCCCGGCGUCGCCCGACUCGGAGGAUAAUGACAGACGGCCGCGGGACCCGCGCGACGACCGGUCGGAACGGGCCGUCUAUGAGCCGGCCUCGGAUACUGAACGGCGGCCGCGGGACCCGCGCUUCGUCCGGCCCCACGCGUCAUCUUCCUCCUCGGAUUCGGACGACAGCGGGAUCUUGCCCGGCGCCGCGCCGGCCCGGGGCGGCUUCGUGGGCGCGUUGAGAGGAAGGACGUCGCAACACAACCUGGGGGACCUCGGCCCGACGCACGUGGCCGGGGCGGCGCCGGGCGUCCAGGACGAGGUCGAGUUCUGGUUGGAUGGUGCGGCGCGCGCGCGGACACCGCGUGUACCCGAGCCGCCGCCCGAGGGCGCGUGGUUUUGGGGCAACUAACU